UUAGUUUGGGAAGUAGCGCCCGGCGCUCAUCCGAUCCGCGCGGCCGCGCCGGCUGUGUCAAGUUACAGAGGCGCCGGAAUCGGCCCCAGCCCGGCUCACUGCAGCCACGACCCACCUCUGCCCAUGGGGCCUUGCAUGCGCGCCCCUUCGCCCGGGGACUGACACCCGUUCUCCCAGGAGACACAAGACACCCAGAAGGACCCCGAGCGUCGCACCAGCCCGAAGACUGCAGAAGCGAGAAGGGAAAGAGCGGGGAGCGGGGCCAGAUCCCCGGACUUGGAACAUUCUUCGAAAUAACUUUUUUUCUUAUUUUGGCAUACUCCGAUCGCGUCUGCUGGUGGCUCUCUUGCCUGCCCCCCUCCCAACUCCGACUGCUCAUUUUCGGUCCUCUUUGGCGAGCAAAGGAAAGGGACGUUCUCUAGCCACGCUAGCCCCCUUUUCCUCCCCUUGCCUCUCAGUUUGGAUCGCGCCUCUUGGAUCUCGUUUUUAUUUAUUCUAUUUAUUUAUUUAUUUGGCUCUCAAGACGCGAGGGGAUGGUGGCGGAGCGCGCCCGCAAAACGGCAGCCUCCGGCAACCGCGGGCCUGGGGAGCUGGGCGCGCCGGGGCCCGGGACAGUAGCGCUGGCUGAGCAGUGCGCUAGGCUGCCGAGCCCCGGGUGCUGCGGACUGCUGGCUCUGGCGCUGUUCUCGCUGGCGCUCAGCCUGCUCGCCCACUUUCGGACCGCCGAGCUGCAGGCCCGAGUGCUGCGCUUGGAAGCGGAGCGCGGGGAGCAGCAGAUGGAGAAAGCUAUUUUGGGACGAGUCAACCAACUGCUGGACGAGAAAUUGAAGUUCUACUCGCGCAGGCGCCGGGAGGCCCCGAAGAUGUCUCCAGGAUGUAACUGCCCGCCAGGACCUCCAGGUCCCACUGGAAGACCUGGGCUCCCAGGGGACAAGGGUGCUAUCGGGAUGCCUGGACGCGUGGGUGUCAAAGGUCAACCAGGCGAGAAGGGUGCCCCUGGAGAUGCGGGGAUGUCCAUCAUCGGGCCUCGAGGCCCCCCUGGCCAGCCUGGUACCCGGGGCUUCCCUGGAUUCCCGGGUCCCAUUGGUCUUGACGGCAGGCCGGGCCACCCCGGACCUAAAGGGGAGACGGGCCUGGUGGGUCCUCGAGGACAACCGGGACCUCAGGGACAAAAGGGAGAAAAGGGUCAGUGUGAAGAGUACCCACACCGGCUGUUGCCUCUCCUCAAUUCAGUGCGGCUGGCUCCACCCCCAGUCAUUAAAAGGCGGACCUUUCAGGGGGAACAAAGCCAGGCUGGCAUCCAAGGCCCUCCAGGGCCACCGGGCCCCCCAGGACCAAGCGGCCCUCUGGGACACCCAGGACUGCCAGGGCCUAUAGGGCCACCUGGUUUACCCGGGCCUCCCGGAUCAAAGGGAGACCCAGGGAUCCAGGGCUAUCAUGGCCGCAAGGGAGAGCGGGGCAUGCCGGGAAUGCCAGGCAAGCACGGAGCCAAGGGGGUUCCUGGGAUUGCCGUGGCUGGAAUGAAGGGUGAGCCGGGGACACCAGGAGCCAAGGGUGAGAAGGGUGCAGCAGGCUCCCCUGGCCUCCUGGGGCAGAAGGGAGAAAAAGGUGAUGCAGGCAAUGUCAUUGGAGGAGGCAGAGGGGAGCCUGGCCCCCCGGGGCUCCCUGGGCCCCCUGGGCCAAAGGGAGAAGCUGGUAUUGAUGGCCAGGCUGGGCCACCAGGACAGCAAGGAGACAAGGGGCAGCCAGGAGCAGCUGGGGAACAGGGACCCGCUGGUCCGAAGGGUUCCAAGGGUGAACCCGGCAAGGGAGAGAUGGUGGAUUAUAAUGGCAGCAUCAACGAGGCGCUUCAGGAGAUCAGGACGUUGGCCUUAAUGGGGCCUCCUGGUCUUCCUGGACAAACAGGCCCACCCGGACCUCCAGGGACUCCAGGCCAAAGGGGGGAGAUUGGACUGCCAGGCCCUCCAGGACACGAUGGGGACAAGGGGCCUCGAGGAAAACCAGGAGAUGUGGGGCCCGCUGGUCCUCAAGGACCCCCAGGAAAGGACGGGCCUCCGGGAAUGAAGGGAGAGGUCGGACCCCCAGGAAGUCCAGGGGAGAAAGGGGAGACAGGACCAGCAGGCCCCCAGGGUCUAGACGGCCCAACUGGGGAGAAAGGAGAACCAGGUGACGAAGGGAGGCCUGGAGCGGCAGGAUUGCCUGGGCCCAUCGGGCUCCCGGGAUUCACAGGAGAGAAAGGCGAAGCAGGGGAAAAAGGCGACCCAGGAGCAGAGGUUCCUGGGCCACCAGGGCCAGAGGGUCCCCCAGGACCUCCGGGCCUCCAAGGUGUUCCUGGACCAAAGGGAGAAGCAGGCCUAGAUGGCAGUAGAGGAGAGAAGGGCUCCCAGGGAGAAAAAGGAGACCGGGGCCCUCUGGGAUUGCCUGGAGCUUCAGGUUUGGACGGCAGGCCUGGGCCACCGGGUACUCCAGGACCAAUCGGGGUUCCAGGCCCAGCCGGACCAAAGGGUGAAAGGGGCAGCAAAGGUGACCCAGGGAUGACGGGACCAACAGGAGCAGCUGGGCUGCCUGGUUUACAUGGACCACCCGGGGACAAAGGAAACCGGGGGGAGAGGGGAAAGAAGGGCUCUAGAGGGCCUAAAGGGGACAAGGGGGACCAAGGAGCACCUGGACUAGACGCCCCGUGCCCGCUGGGAGAAGAUGGCUUACCGGUCCAAGGCUGCUGGAACAAGUGACGCCUCUAACCUUGGACUGGCCUGUGUGUGUUUGUAUAUAGGAUAUUUAUUUUUAUACAGUUUUCACCUUUUGAAAAAGCCCAAACUAUGAUGCAUCUUAAAGAUCACUAAAAGAGAAAGAAGAAAAGCCUGCAGAUUUUGUACAGGAAAUAACCCCUUUCCCUUUUUGUUUACAAGACAUUUUUGUAUAAAUCUGCUUCUAAUACACUUUCUGUCUGUGCGUCUGCUCCUAAUGUUGCAUGAUAUUUGUGCACACUUACUAAAUAUCACAGCUUAAUAAAUUAUUGUGUUCCGGUGCCAAAGGGGGCCCGCCAGCACAGAGGUCCUGCGAGCUUAGGUGUGAAUUCACACACACACACACACACACACACACACACACACACAAAACAUGAGGUUCAUGGUGUUUGCCAGACUACAUGUGUCUGACAAUAUUUUAAACUGACGUUCAUUAUUAUAAGGAAAAAAAAUAAAAUGUGGCAAUUCAU